AUGGAUAUUAGUCCAAUCUUGGAGGCCUUGGGGGUGAAUGGCCUAGCUGACAUCACCCUGAAGGAGCUUCAGGUCAAGAUCAACAACAUUCAGCGUGGCAUACUCAUACUGCCUAGACAGCAAGUCCUCCAAGUUUUCAUGGGAUGGCUCCAUGAACGUAUCAUAAGGGAUAUUCAGCAGAAGUCUUUGUUGUCUGAAUUCAUAGAUCUUCUGCUGGUACCCGGGAAGUUACACCAAAUGUCAUUCAUUGAAAGUGAGGUAGACGCGGCUUUCAAAGGAUGGCAGGCCAAGGACGCUGCAGAGAACCCUGCAAACAUACGCAGAUACCAGAUGGUCCACCUAGAUUUUCUCGAAUUAUUUGAACAGGCUAAGCGUAAUUCAAGUUCAGAACCCGACUGGUCUUUUGGGCCUUCAGGUUUUGACCGGGAACGAGAUUCUUCAGCUAGCCCAGAUGACCAAAUCACUCGCCUUGUUGGCGGAGGAAAACGAAAAUCUGGGUCUAACACAGUUCCGCUAGGAGAUAGGAAGCGCUUCCGCAGCACCAUCCCCCAGAAGACCACGAAGGCAGAAGAAGAGAUAAAAGAAGAGAACGAGAAGGGGGGGUCCACCCCAGUAAAAUUGGAGAAUUGUCCCCAGAAGCUUCCUAGCCACACGAAGUCUUCUUUAUUAGAUUCCUCGCCGCCGCCAUUGUAUGUGUGCAAUCGUUGCCACAAGCCAGGACACUGGAUUCAACUUUGCCCUACCAAUCUAGAUCCAAAAUGGGAUCGACCACCGCCUUCAAACUACACGUGCGAGAUCUGUCAGAAGAAGGGUCAUCAUUAUGCAACCUUGUGCCCCCAGAACAAGAAAGGGCAAUCCUUGACGAAACAGCGCCAGAAUCAAGAAGAUCGUCCUCGACGUCGGCUUAAAACACCCAAGCGAGAAGCUAAAACGCGUGGCCGAGAUAAUUACCGUCUCACUCCACCUUUUGGGCACCGCUCACGAAGCCCCAGAGAUAACUACCCUCAUCAGGCGUCUGACGUAUAUGGAAGUGAUGAUCACUUGCGAUUUGGGGGAAGUGAUCGUGAUAGUAAUGGAAGGUUCCGCGAUCGUAGCUCCUCGCCUUACACAACCCGUCGACGGGUGGCUUUUGUAGAGAAUUACGAUCACGAACAAGGCUCGGGCAACCGCCGUCACGAACCCACUCAAACCUCAUCCCCUGCGCUCCCUUACCGUGGAUCUAAAGCGGCGCACCUACAACGAAACCCACGUGCAUCUCUGGAGUUGGGCAAGACACAGAAAGGGGAAAUAGGACGACUUUCGUACAAUGACGUAUUCGUGGGUCCUUCGCUAUCGCCAAAGGAAUACGCUUUCUCUCACAAACCGAAGCGUAUCGACACACGCGAGAGUGAGAACGAAGUGAUGACAUAUGGAUCGAUGGGCGCCGAGGACACCCCCGAUGAGACAGAGAGAGCUAAGGCGGAAGCCGAUAAGUUCCUCGAGGAACUAGACACUGACCCGCAUGGCCAGAAAUCGAGAUCAGGGCUAGAUAUUAUGUCCUUCUUGAAGAGCCACGACAAUCCUAUCAUCCACAGAAAAGCGAGCCGAAAGACCGCUGUGGAGAUGUUCGACGAGGUGUAUAAACCCCAAACGGAACAGUAG